AUGUCCACAUCUACCGAAACCAAAGAAGAACUUGAAAAAGAAUUACUUAAAAUUGAUAUUGAAAUAAAGGAACUCGAAGAAAGCAUUUAUGACACUAAGAAAAAAAAUCCAUUAUAUGAAGCUUUAUCGUGGAUUAUAUUACAACAAACAAAAAAAUUAGAUAAUGGUUUAUUUAUUAUUCAACCUGUAAAUAAUAAAAAGUAUAAAAUAUAUGAAAUGCCAGAUUUUAAUAUUUUGCCCGAAAAGAAGCAACAAAUCAUUAUAGAGUACAGAGGUCGUAUAUUCAAUGUUGUGUAUAAACUGCAAGAAGACAACAAUAAUCAAAAUAAUCCUCAAUGUCAAUCAUAUUAUAAAGAACCUGAUUCAGUACCUUCUAUUUUUUUAUCAAUUAUUAACAAUGACUCAAGUUCAAAUGACAGACCUGAUGUUAAUGCGAUUACUGAAUUCAUUAGCGAAUGUAAUGAAGGAAAUUGGAACAGAGUUCAGCUGUUAUCAGACUUGAAUGGUUUGGAAACCGUCGUUUUAGAUAAAUCACAAGAAAUAUUAUUGAAAAGAGAAUUAGACUCUUUUGUUAAUGACAAAGAUAAACCUGGAACUGGAAAAACUACAUUAAUAAAUGCCAUAUCAUCUUAUUUGUCACGAGAUCUCUAUUAUCUUAAUCUCAAAAAAAUUAAAAAUGAUAAUGAUAUGAGCGCUGCCUUUAGUUCUGUUCCACUGAAUCAAAUAAUUGUUCUUGAAGAUGUUGAUACACAAUUAAAUAUUCUUUAUAAAAGAGGCAUUAGCCACCCAAAUUAUCAUAACUUUAUAUCUGAAGAUUUUAUAAAAGAAAAUGAUGAUCUAUCAAAAUAUAAAGAUUUAUUUUCAUUUAUUAGUUUAUCUAAUUUUCUUGGAUGUUUGGAUGGGCAAAUAUUAACAGAAGGCACGACAACUAAUCAUAUUGAACAUCUUGAUCCCGUAUGGUAA